ACGUACGUUUGCAAGUUUCAGAGAGCUGCUCUUCUCGUAUUACAUCUACUACUACUACUACUACUACGACUAGCUACUAUCAUUCCUCCUCUUCCUCCUCCUCCUCCUCCUUCCCGUCUAUGGCUCACCGGCGUCUGGGCAUGGACGUGGGUGGUGCCUGAGGAGCAGUUGUCACACUUCCUGCAGUAACUCCUCGUCCGCGUGGUGGGUGACGGCUCCUGGUGGGAAGUAUUAUAUCCUUAUCUUCACGUUCUGAGCCGUAUCGAGCGUCUGAGUCUCCAUAGCGACGCUGCGCAGGUGUUCGGGGCGGGGCAGGCCGGGCCCCACAACAGCUGAUCGCCAAAACAUUGCACGCCGCCGCCAGCAAUGCCGUCUGUUCUCCUCACUGACUCCAUAUCCGUAGAGCUGGGAGCUCAGGAGCCGUGGCCCAACGAUGUUAAGUUGUUCCAGCAGUAUGAGGUGGAGCAGAUCCUGCUGCCUGACAAUGCCAACUGUCUGGCAGUGCAGGCAUUCCUCAAGAUGUGUCAGCUGAACCACACGCUGGAGAUGCGAGGCAAUGCUGAGCACAUGUCCCCCAGUGGUCGCGUGCCGUUCAUCAAGGCUGGGGCAUUCGUGGUUGCGGAGCUGGAUCCCAUCGUAGCCUUCGUGGCUAACAAGGGAGUGACACUGACGGAGCGGCUGGACACCACACAGAAGGCAGAUAUGCGUGCCUACAUGUCUCUGGUCAGUAACGUCUUGGCCAAUGCUGAGCUCUAUGUCUCCUGGGUUGACCCAGCCACCUAUGAGGACGUGACUAAGCCUCGCUAUGGCUCAGUCUACCCGUGGCCUAUCAAUGUGUUCCUCACCCGACAGAAGCGCAAUCAGGUUGUCCGUCGGCUCAGGGUCUUGGGCUGGCAACAGAAAACCUUGGAGGAGGUCUACAAUGAGGUGGAGCACUGCUGCAGUGCCUUGUCUGAGCGCCUUGACAGGCAGGACUUCUUCUUUGGCAAGAGACCCACAGAGCUGGAUGCCUUAGUGUUUGGACAUCUCUUCACUCUCUUGACAACGCCGCUACCCGACAACCGGCUGGCAACCAUUGUACGUUCCUUCAGCAACCUGGUGAAGCUCUGCCAAGUGGUGGAGAGAGAUUUCUUUGAAAAGACUAAUGGUGGCGGCAGCAGCAGUGGUAAUGGCGAGGGUGAUUAUGACAAGCUGGAAGACCUGAACCAACUCCCAAUGUAGUUUCAAAAUCUGCAGAAGACCACUUCUUUCAAGUCCUUAUAAGAGUACUUAACAGGAAAUCAAAACCUGUAGAUGCAUAAUAGCCACCAGUCUCUUUAGCUAGGUCUAAAGUGAUACUUUAAAAUCCACAUACAAUACAGUAACUCUUUGGGCUUGUGUAAGAUGCCCAUGGUGGUGAGGAGAGCUUGUGCCUGGAAGGGCUGAAACUGUGAUAUAACCAGCUGCUGAAUAACAAAACAAAUAUCAUGCCUGACAGUUACUACAGUCUAUUGAUAAUGAGACAGAUCCUCUUCCUAAAACACAUAAUUUGAAAAGCAAAGUGGUUAGUUCCUUUCUCAAGUUUAAAAUAUUUUAGCCCUUAUUCAUAUUUAGCUCUGUUCCUCAACUUCCCACCAGUUUUUUCCAAGUAACUUGGGCCAAUCCAAUAGUGGCAUAUGGAUUAGUCUUCAGAUGAAAAUCUGCUAAUGACUGGGAGUUUGUACUGCUGAUGGACUCAAUGUUACAUAUUAAGGUCUUACAAGAUACAUUAUUAGGGUUUGACAAGAAUAUAUAGUUGAAUGAUAUAUAUAAUUUGCACUUACAUAUUUUCUGAUUAAGUACUUAAAAAAUCACUAACUUAAAUGGGGAUGCCAGUUAUAUUAAAUUUGUUUUGAGCUUAUAAAGUGAGCACGAGUAUUUAUGUGGAGCAAAUAACUCUUACACUGUAAAUAUAAAUUUCAGUAAUAUGAAAGGAAAUAACACCUACUUAUCCCACACAAUAUACAGGCAGAGAUAAGUGAAAAGGGGGAAAAAGCUUAAAAAUGUUACAGGAGGCUGGAAACUGACAAAGAUCACAUUAAAGAAAAAGUUAAGCUAAAUUUUGUUUAAGAAAAAUAUAUAUUGGAAUACUUACUACAUUGUGUUGUUACAGGUAGAUAAUUUUGUGGGAUUGUGAGGGAGAGGGUCAAGACAAUGUCAGCUUUGUCAUCUACUGGAUCUUGUGACUUGCAGCAGCAGCUUUAUGGCUUCUGUUAGUAAGGUUUGGUGGAUGUUUCCUGUAAAGUGUUUCAUUAAUACAGAUAACAAUGCAUUGUCACACUUGAUUUUGUAUGUCAAAAAAAAAAAUGUAUACAUUGUGGAUGAAAAUUAGUUACUUGACACUUCUGUUUAGGGUUCAUGUGUUUAUGUACAUAGCAUUAUAUAAAAUUCCAGCAGCAUUUCAUGUAAAUAUAUUUCCCACACUAAGCAAGGAAUUUUUUUUUUUUAUUAAAAAGCCAGAAUGUACUGCAAUAAAUAAUUACAUAGAAA